AUGCGUGCAUUCCAGCUGCUGGCCAUCGGAUCGGCGGUGCUUCCUGCUAUCGCCUUGACGCCCGAGCAAUUGAUCUCCGCUCCGAGACGUAGUACUGCUGUGCCAAACCCGUCGGGAGAAGUCGCAUUGUUCUCAACAGGGCAGUAUUCCUUCGAAAGCCAUGAGUCAACAAAUAUCUGGAACUUGAUUGACCUCAAAAGCGGCAAGAUCUCCGAGCUCACCGAUGACAGCAAUGUGUCGGAGAUCAUCUGGCUAGGAUCGAGUAACUCUGGAUUGCUGUACAUCAACAGCACUAAUGCUGGCAUUCCUGGAGGCGUUGAACUGUGGAUUUCUGACACUGCCGAUUUCAAGAAUUCUCGAUACAAGGCAGCCUCAUUGCCAGCUUCCCUCUCUGGUUUAAAGACAGCUACCACCAGAUCCGGUGAUAUCAAUUUUCUCGUCUACGGCCAAUCUUACGGUAAUGGAACUGCCUAUAACGAUAAGCUGGCAGUGAAGCCCUUGAGCACUGCCCGCAUCUAUGAUAGCAUCUACCCGCGCCAUUGGGAUACAUGGCUUACGACGACUUUCAAUGCUGUCUUUUCAGGGACCCUUGAGCUUAAGACAAGUGGACAAUGGGCUACAUCACACUAUGCUUUCGGUGGCUCUUUGAAGAAUCUUGUCUCUACUGCAAAGAACCUCGAAUCACCAUAUCCACCCUACGGAGACUCCACCGAUUACGAUAUUUCACCGGAUGGACAAUGGGUCGCGUUCAAGAGUAAAGCCCCCCGAGCUGCCAAGGGCGAACAAUACCGCAAACCCGAGGCAAUCAAUGGUCCCGAUAGCUCAGGCACCCCCCAGGGUGUCAAGGGGGACUCGAGUGGACCUGUGUUCUCACCAGAUAGCAAGCAACUCGCAUACUUCCAGAUGACAGACAUCGCCUACGAGUCCGAUCGUCGCACUCUCUAUGUCUACACGAUUGGCUCAAAGGAGACAAUUCCGGCUCUGGCGAAGGAUUGGGAUCGCUCGCCUAGCGCGGCCAAAUGGACCACCGAUGGUAAAAGCCUAAUUCUCAACACCGAGGACCGAGCACGGAAUCGACUAUUCAUCUUGCCUUCGAAUGCGGGUGAUGAUUUCGUCCCUGCAACUUUACUGAUGGUGGCUCCUCGUAUCAUGUAUACAGCGACGCCGGAGAAGGGUAUCACGAAUGUCAUCUUUUCGGCAAAUAAGGUUGAUCCUGCACUCAAGGGUAUGAGCCCUGCGGAUGUGGAUGAGUUCUACUACGAAGGAAAUUGGACUGAUAUCCAUUCUUGGAUUAUCUAUCCUCAAGACUUCGACAAGUCCAAGAAAUACCCUCUUCUGUUCUAUAUUCAUGGAGGUCCUCAAGGUUCGUGGGCCGAUUCCUGGAGUACUCGGUGGAACUACAAGGUUUGGGCCGACCAGGGAUACGUAGUGGUUGCUCCGAACCCAACCGGCAGUACUGGAUUUGGUGACAAGCUUACCGAUAUGAUCACGAACAACUGGGGAAGCUAUCCCUAUGAUGAUCUGGUGAAGUGCUGGGAAUAUGUGCGUGACAACUUCGAAUUCAUCGACACGGACAACGGUGUUGCGGCCGGUGCGAGCUAUGGCGGAUUCAUGAUCAAUUGGAUUCAAGGCAACCCCUUGGGUCGCAAAUUCAAAGCGUUGGUCAGCCAUGAUGGAACAUUCGUUGCCGAUGCCAAGAUAUCGACGGAAGAGUUGUGGUUCAUCGAACACGAUUUCAAUGGCACCUUCUGGGGAGACCGCGACAACUAUCGCCGCUGGGACCCAUCAGCUCCCGAACACAUCGUGCAAAUGGAUACGCCACAGCUGAUCAUCCACAGUGACCUAGACUUCCGGCUGCCCAUCUCAGAAGGUCUCAGUCUGUUCAAUGUCUUGCAGAUGCGUGGUGUACCCAGCAGACUGCUCAACUUCCCCGAUGAAAAUCAUUGGGUCACAAACCAGGAGAAUAGUCUGGUAUGGCAUCAGCAGGUUCUGGGUUGGAUUAACAAGUAUUCUGGCGUUGGGGCUAGUAACCCCAAUGCUGUGAGUCUUGAUGAUACCAUUAUUCCAGUGGUUGACUAUAACCCAUACGUGUGA